AUGGGCGACUGUGGAACUGGGACUGGCAAGGAGGGGAUGAGGAUGGGCGGGGGCGGGGAUGGGUCGGGUCCGGUCGUCAUUUUGUUUAGGACCCCCAACGUCGUCACUGCAAUGUCUCCGAAGAGCCGUUCUCGCUCUCCCCCGCCCGACGCUGCUCAGAACCGGCCCAGACCUCCCACACGCCAGACCCGCUCCGACUUCUACCUCGAGCCGAACCCCUUCGAGGAGUCCUUCAAGACGCCCUCCAAUGUACGCAACUCGUCCCCGAGCCCCCACAAGGACGGCGACAGCCCCGACCCAAAGCCCGCCCCCAAUCAGGACGACCAGGACCGCCCCCAAUCCCGCUCAGACUCGCGCGGCUCCCAGCACCGCAGCGCGUCCCCCUCCCGCCCCGUCCUCCCCCCGCUCGCCUCCAUAUCGUCCCCCGCCGCCGGCGCUUAUGCCUGGGGCUACAGCCAGAACUCCAUCAACUCCCUCCGCUCAGGCCCGCUUUCUCCCGCCAUGCUAGCAGGCCCGCAGGCAGCAGAGCAGCCUGCGCAUAUCGGUUUCGACCCUACCACAUUCCGCACGGGCCUCACACCCCGCACAGGUCUCACCCCCCGCACCGGUCUCACUCCAGGGACUGGCCUCACCCCGCUCGUCGGCGGCUUCCCCCCGCCCUCCCCCAACACCGCCGCCUUCCUUGCUCUCAUGAACGGCAACGGCAAUGCCGCUCCUCCGUCUGGUCCGACCAUUACGCCCAACACCCUCAACGCCCUCUCGGGUGUCCUCAACAACAACUCGUACUCGAAUGGCAAUGCCAUGCCUUCAAAUACUGCGCCCAGCCACCCGCAAGAGAGUACCAACUCGUCAUACAUUCCGACUGCUACCAGCGCAGCCAGCGCACAUGCAAACGGCCUCUUCCUUCUCUCCCAAGCUCAUCAGGAGCUCGAGAAGCGCGAGGAGGAAGCCCAAGCUCGCGCAGGCAAUCCCCCUUCCAACACCUCCAACACAACAACCAACGGAGCCUCAUCGAAUGGCCCCAAGCGGGGUUCCAAGCGCAAGUCAUACGAGACCAUGUCGCCUCCACCCUCAAGCACAACGACACAAUCAACUCGCAAUGGUACCGCCAAGCGUUCGCGGGCAACCAACGGACGCCAAAAGACCAGCCCGCGUGGUAUAUCGGAAGAAUACGACGAGGACGAAGAGGCCGAUGACGACGACGGUGCUGAGGACGACGCCGCGAUGGAGCAAGCGAACGGCACUACCGGUCGCCGGUCCACAAAAAAGCCAGAGACGGAAGAAGAAAAACGCAAGAACUUCCUCGAGCGGAAUCGGCAAGCCGCACUCAAGUGCCGACAACGCAAAAAAGCGUGGCUCACCCAGCUGCAGGCCAAGGUCGAAUAUCUCAGCCAGGAGAACGAGCGGCUCACGGCAGCGCUUAUCUCGUCGAGGGACGAGAUUUCGAGGCUGUCUGCCCUGGUGGGAGGUGCAGGCGUCGUUGGCUCGGUGCCCAUGUCCGUGGGUGUCAACGGCGUAGGCGGGCCUGGCGUCCAGCCCGUCAGCAUGAACGUCAGCAUCUCAGGCAAGUCGAACGGUGCACCUGCGGUCUCGGGCCCAGGAGGAGGUCGGUCGUCGGGGUACGGGUAUUGA